ACAUGUGUAUGUACACUGUAAGUUGUUCCGUUUCCUUUACGCCAAAUAUUUGCACUGUAAACGUUUUCAUCAAUAGAAUAAAGAAUAAUUAUUUAUAAUUAUUGUUAUUAAAAUCAUUUGACAUUAUGAAGAUAAGUGUGGAUGGGUUAAUAGUUUAUUUCCCUUAUGAUUAUAUUUAUCCUGAACAAUAUGCUUAUAUGUUGGAGCUUAAAAAAGGCCUGGAUGCCAAGGGCCAUUGCUUACUUGAAAUGCCUUCUGGAACUGGAAAAACUGUUACUCUAUUAGCAUUAAUUGUUGCUUACAUGAUAGAAAAUCCUUUAGCAGUCACCAAAUUAAUUUAUUGCUCUCGAACUGUACCAGAAAUUGAAAAAGUUGUAGAAGAGUUAAAAAAGCUUAUGGAUUACUAUGAGAAAGAAACAAAUGUAAAGCCAAAAUUCGUUGGAUUAGUUUUAAGUUCUAGAAAAAAUAUGUGCAUUCAUCCAGAGGUAAGCAGAGAACGAGAAGGGAAAAUUGUUGAUGGCCGUUGUCAUUCUUUAACAGCAUCAUAUGUCAGAGCACGACAUAAUUACGAUGAAAGUACUCCAAUAUGCAAUUUUUACGAAGGUUUCGAUAUGGAAGGUAGAGAACGACUUAUGCCACCUGGAAUUUACUCUAUUGACGAUCUUAAAGAGUAUGGUAGAGACCGAAAUUGGUGUCCAUACUUUCUUGCGAGGUUCACUAUUAUACAUGCUCAAAUAAUUGUAUACAGCUAUCACUAUUUAUUGGAUCCCAAGAUCGCUGAAACAGUUUCUAAAGAACUUGCUAAAAAUUCAGUUGUAGUUUUUGACGAAGCUCACAAUAUUGAUAAUGUUUGUAUUGAUUCAAUGAGUGUAAAAAUAAAUAGAAGAAUCAUGGAUAAAUGUACGGCAAAUAUUCAACUUUUAGAGAAGACUGUUGCUGAAAUGCGAGACGAAGAUGCUAAUAAAUUAAAAGAGGAAUAUCAAAGACUGGUUGACGGCUUGAAAGAUGCGCAGGUAGCUAGAGAGACAGAUGUUAUUUUAGCCAAUCCAGUUUUACCUGAUGAAAUAUUACAUGAGGUAAUACCAGGGAAUAUACGAAAUGCAGAGCAUUUUGUAAGCUUUUUGAAACGUUUUGUUGAAUAUUUGAAAACAAGAUUACGAGUCCAACAUGUUGUUCAAGAGUCACCGACAAUAUUUCUUCGAGAUGUACAAAAUAAAGUUUGUAUAGAGAGAAAGCCUCUUAGAUUUUGUGCCGAAAGAUUGGCUUCACUAUUAAGAACCAUGGAGAUAACAGAUCUAACAGAUUUUUCUCCAUUAAUUCUGGUAACACACCUGGCGACUUUGGUAUCAACUUAUACAAAAGGAUUUACGAUAAUUGUCGAGCCUUUUGAUGACAAAACUCCAACGGUAUUGAAUCCUGUUUUUCACUUUAGUUGUAUGGACUCUUCAAUUGCCAUGAAACCGAUAUUCGAUCGAUUUCAAUCUGUAAUCAUCACUUCGGGUACUUUAUCACCACUAGAUAUGUAUCCAAAGAUUUUAAAUUUUCAUCCAGUAAUUAUGUCAUCAUUCACCAUGACGUUGGCAAGGCAGUGUUUGUUACCUAUGAUUGUAGCUAAGGGAAAUGAUCAAGUGUCUAUUUCUUCCAAAUUUGAAACAAGAGAUGAUAUAGCUGUAAUAAGAAAUUAUGGCCAGCUUUUGGUAGAAUUUUCAGCAAUUGUACCAGAUGGGAUCGUUUGCUUUUUCACAUCUUAUCUUUAUAUGGAAUCAGUUAUUGCUGCUUGGUACGACCAAGGAGUUGUUGAUCAACUUCAAAGACAUAAACUUUUAUUUAUCGAAACCCAAGAUUCAGCAGAAACGAGCUUGGCUCUUAUCAACUAUAUCAAAGCAUGUGACAGUGGAAGAGGUGCAGUAUUAUUAUCAGUAGCACGAGGAAAAGUUUCCGAAGGAGUCGAUUUUGACAAUCAUUUAGGAAGAGCUGUGCUUAUGUUUGGAAUUCCUUAUGUUUAUACUCAAUCGAGAAUAUUAAAGGCUAGAUUAGAAUAUCUUCGAGAUCAAUUUCAAAUAAAAGAAAAUGAUUUCUUAACGUUUGAUGCAAUGAGACAUGCAGCUCAAUGUGUAGGACGAGCUAUAAGAGGAAAAACUGACUAUGGUAUUAUGGUUUUCGCUGAUAAGAGAUUUUCUCGAGCUGAUAAAAAAACAAAAUUACCCAAAUGGAUUCAAGAGCAUCUUUCUGACGGUUUAUGUAAUUUAUCUACUGAGGAAGCAAUACAGAUUGCAAAAAGAUGGUUGAGACAAAUGGCACAACCUUUUUCACGAGAAGAUCAAUUAGGGCUUUCGUUACUAACAAAAGAACAGCUUGAAAAAGAAGAGUCUAGCAAAAUUCAAGAAAAAGCAGCACAAAACUGACAGUCAAAAAGGGAAAAAUAAGUUUUGG